UCCGGUGCGAAAUAUUAGAGGUUUUUAACGACUGAAUGGGGAGGUGCACAACACCGAAGUUAACAGACAGAGCCUACAAAGAGCAAGAGGCCGAUCGUAAAUUGCUGAAAAACACCGUUAAUGGAAAGCGUUUGCAUAUGAGAAUGAGUUUAGGGGGCAGCUGCUGAACCAGAGGUGGACACGAGGGGACAGAAUCAGCAGCUGGGAGAACAGGAGGAUUAAGAAAAUAAAAAUGAGCCAAGACGCAGAUGAGAAGCGCACAAGAACUCGCUCAAAAGGCAUCAGAGUUCCUCUUGAGCUCGUCGGACAAGAAUACAGCUGCCCUACGCCAGGAUGUGACGGCUUAGGACAUGUCAGUGGAAAAUACGCACGGCACAGAAGUGCAUUGGGUUGUCCAUUAGCUAAGAAAAGAAAACUUCAGGAGGCAGAGGAAAAUCAACCACCCUCCAAAAAGAAGCCCAACCCUCUUAAGCUGGCCAUGGAUGAUGGGUUCAAUGCAGACAGUGACACAAACAGUGAAACGGAAACAAAAGAUGAAGGGGCGGAGUCUGAAGAGGACAUUGUUGAUAAAGAGGUUGACGCGAAGGAAGACACAUCGACAUCUGAAGCACUGACAGUUGUAGUAGAUCCAGACGAGAAAAAGUCACCUGUUAGAGAUGCUUCAAGUCCAGAACCAGAGACUGAAAGUGAGAAAAUGCCGGAAAAUGCUGAGGAUGCACCCAUCCAACAAAUCACCAUGGACAGCGAUCCUGAAGAGGGUCUUCAGGUUGCCACUGAUAUUCAGGCUCGGGAAGAAGAGGUAGAGGAGGAAGCAGAAGAAAUUACAGAAGAGGAAAGAGUGACCCAACAACUGAAAGAGACAGAUGAGCCUGUGCAAACAGUAGAAGAGGAAGACGAAGAUGAAGAGGAGGAGGGAGAAGAGGAAACGCAAUGUUCCAGCCAGAAGAACAACUUAGACCACCAAUACUAUAGUGGAGACUUUGGCAAAGUCCAGACCAAAGAGACCGAGGAGACAGAGAAGGACAGCGAAGAUGAUGACGUAGAAGGUGAUGAAGAGGAGGAACAGGCUCCUUCUAACUCCUUAACUGCCCCGGUCACCACUUUAGCUCAGGAAUUAGAACCGCACGUGAUUACACACAGCAUCCCAAACCACCCUCUUGGUGAAGACGAUGAGGAGGAGGAUGACGACGAAGACGACGGUUCAGAUAAAGACUCGCCCACUGUGGUUAUCGAGCUGGGCUCGGAUGGAGAAGAAGAGGAAGAAGAAGAAGAGGAGGAAGAUGAUGGAGAAGAGGAAGAGAUAGAUGAAGAUGACGACUUAGAUAGCAUGUCACAGAGGUCAGACGUUACGGAUGACUCAGAGACAUACGACAUGACACGGGGUAACCUGGGACUGCUGGAACAGGCCAUUGCACUGAAAGCCGAGCAGAUAGGGCGCAGCUCCGAUGAGAGCCUCUCUCCUGGGCAACAAUUGUACCACAGUCCAGAGGAUAGGUCGGGUAAAAUCAUGGACGUCACAGGUCGCAGAGGAUACUACAGCAAAGAAGGAUCUAGAUCAGAUAAGAAGGAAAUCAAGUGCCCCACUCCAGGGUGUGAUGGGACAGGUCAUGUGACUGGACUGUACCCACACCACCGCAGCCUUUCCGGGUGCCCACACAAAGAUCGAAUCCCUCCAGAGAUCUUGGCAAUGCAUGAGAACGUUUUGAAGUGUCCAACACCUGGAUGCACAGGUCAGGGACAUGUCAACAGCAAUCGUAACACACAUCGCAGUCUAUCUGGCUGCCCGAUUGCUGCCGCAGGAAAACACAAGACCUAUGAAAAGCAGCCACAGUCUCAGACCUCUAUCAGCGAUCCAUCCACUGGAAGUUCAAACUCAGACAGAGUCCUCAGGCCAAUGUGUUUUGUAAAACAGCUGGAGAUCCCUCAGUAUGGCAGCUACAGGCCCAAUGCAAUGCCAGCCACCCCUCGGGCUAACCUGGCCAAGGAGCUGGAGAAGUAUUCCAAGGUGUCUUUCGACUAUGCAAGCUUCGAUGUGCAGGUGUUUGGUAAGCGCAUGCUUGCCCCCAAAUUGCCCACCAGCGAAACCUCACCUAAAGCCUUCAAAUCUAAACCAUUCCCCAAAGCCCCAUCCCCGAGCCACAGCCUGUCCGGAGGCUACACCAAAAGCAGCUCCUCUUCCACCUCCAGCGGGUACGACUAUACCCACGACGCUGAAGCCGCUCACAUGGCUGCCACUGCCAUUCUCAACCUGUCCACCCGCUGCUGGGAGAGGCCAGAAAACCUCAGCACCAGACAGCCAGAUCAAAACAGCAAGGACAUGGAGAUUGAAGUUGAUGAGAACGGCACCUUAGACCUCAGCAUGAAGAAACCCAAAAUGGAAGGAGUGACGUCCCCAGACCCUUCCUCAUCCUCAUCAUCAUCUUCUCAACACCAUGGUGUCACCUCGCCCCACUCAAGCCACACCUACAAACAAGAAGAGUGGGAGGGGCCUCUGGACUACACCAAGUCGAACCGACAAAAAGAGGAGGAGCCAGAAGAGAUUGAGUACACCACACACUCGUAUGCCUCCUCUGAUGGAGAAGAUGAUGAUGGCACUCAGGAAAGCCUGGAUGAUAGGAAGUACCCUGGUGAGGUCACCACCUCCAGUUUCAAAGUCAAGUUCCAGCCUAAGGACUGCAAGAAGGAGGUUUUGCUAUGUCCCACCCCAGGUUGUGAUGGCAGUGGACAUAUAACCGGGAACUAUGCAUCUCACCGCAGUCUCUCUGGUUGUCCCCUUGCUGAUAAAAGUCUUCGGACCCUCAUGGCUGCCCACACUGCUGAACUCAAAUGUCCUACGCCAGGUUGUGAUGGAUCAGGCCACAUUACUGGAAACUAUGCUUCCCAUAGAAGUCUGUCUGGAUGCCCACGUGCCAAGAAGGGAGGAGUUAAAACCACUCCAACUAAGGAUGACAAAGAUGAAUCUGAGCUUCUCAGGUGCCCAGUGCCAGGUUGUGACAGUCUGGGGCAUAUCAGUGGGAAAUACGCCACCCACCGCAGUGCUUAUGGGUGCCCACUGGCAGCACGCCGACAGAAAGAGGGCAUGUUAAAUGGCACACCAUUUUCCUGGAAAGCCUUCAAGGCUGAGGGCCCAACCUGCCCCACGCCAGGAUGUGAUGGAUCAGGGCAUGCCAAUGGCAGUUUCCUCACUCAUCGCAGUCUAUCAGGGUGCCCCAGAGCUUCAGCUAACAAAAAGAGAGCACGCUUUCCAGGAGAUGACUACAUCAGCAAGAAAUUCAGGGCAAGUGACGUUCUCGAUAACGAUGAGGACAUCAAACAGAUGAACAAAGAGAUCAAUGAGUUGAAUGAAUCAAACUGUGAGAUGGAGACAGACAUGGCUAACCUUCACACACAGAUCUCAUCCAUGGAGAAGAAUCUGAAGAGCAUGGAGGAGGAAAACAAGCUCAUUGAGGAGAAGAAUGAGGCUAUGUUCGUGGAGCUGUCAGGCCUGAGCCAGGCUCUCAUCCGCAGUCUUGCCAACAUCCGUCUACCACAGAUGCAAGAGCCAAUCACCGAACAGAAUUUCGACACCUAUGUGGACACACUCACCCACAUGUUCACCGAUAAAGAGUGCUAUCAGAACCCGGAGAACCGAGCCCUGCUUGAGUCAAUCAACCAGGCCGUCAAAGGCAUCGAGGUGUGAAACACAAUGGGGUUGCAGAAACAGUCCAACAACAUUAAAAUAGCAUCGGAGGACAUUCAGGUCUCCUACUAAAGCGAAGAAGGCCUGUGAAACUCAGAUGAAAGGACCAAAUUCCAAUUCCAAAUUAUGCUGCUUAGCAAUUUUGAUGAGAUACAAUCCUUUGCCUCUUAAACCAAGCUGGCUCAUCUUCUUUUGAGGGUAUUUUUUGGAGUAAAGCAUUUGUUACUGUUUUAUAAAGCAACUCUCACUGACACUGAUUUGCCUUUCCUACUACUCUCAGUGCUUUGGAGGCUGCUGUGAACAAUAAGUCGAGAGAUUGUCGUACGUCUGUUGGGGCGUUGAGUCUACGUAUGUGUGUGCACCAGAGUGUUUUUAUGUGUAAUGUCCGAAGGUGAAUCCAUGAUUAAUGGCCUCCCUAUAAAAAUAUGAUUAGUAUGCAGCACUGAUACAUUUAAAACCUGUAUGAUAAUGUCGUCUCAUAUUUGGUGUAAAUGUGCUCUUGUUCCAUUCAGUAAUAUUUAUCGUAUUUGAGAACAUAGAUUGCACUUCCAUGAAUAGUUUGUAGUUCCAUCGUCAUGUGAUUAUUGUAAUUUAUUAUGAUUAUUAUUAUUACCGCUAUUUAACUUGGGUCCUUGAAGUGUAUACAUUUAAUUUAUUAUUUAUUCAUGUUAAGGUUUAUUUUGUUUAUUUAUUAAUUAAUCAGUGUCUAUUUAUGGACUUAAUUUAUUUCACGAAACAAGAUUCUAUACACAGCGUUUAAACAGUUAUUAAGAGGAGAAACAUUGCCCUUCUGUGCUGUGAAAGAGGCAAUAUUUUAAGAAUAUGAACAGCAAAUUGUUUUAUAAACCUUACUAUUUAUUUUAAAGGCAGAGAUUUAUAAUCUCAUUUUUUAAGUGCAAAUAUUUUCUACCUAACGAUUUUUAUAUUGUUUUUUAAUAUUCUGCUUUAUUUAAUGAGUUCUGUUUUCCAUAAAAGUAUUUUGACACCCUCCAGAGUGAAGUGGGUUGAACAGAUAUGAUGUAUUUAUUGUUAUUUAUUUAGUAUUUAAGAACAAAUUGAAUGGAGAUCCUGUUGCAUAUUUAUUUUGUAAAUGUCUCUGUGUUAGUGGUGGCUGCAUAUGGAUAGUCUUUGCCCAUAUUGUUGAUAAAAUAAAUGGGAA